AUGGCCUCCUCCUCGUCCAACGUCGUCGGUGUCCAUUACCGAGUGGGCAAGAAAAUCGGCGAAGGCUCCUUUGGUGUGAUCUUUGAAGGGACGAAUCUGUUGAACAGCCAGCAGGUUGCCAUCAAGUUUGAACCCCGGAAGAGCGAUGCUCCCCAGCUCCGUGAUGAGUACCGGACAUACAAGAUCCUGGUCGGAUGCCGAGGGCCUGCACAACAUUCUGGUGAUCGACUUGCUGGGUCCCAGUCUCGAGGACCUCUUCGACCACUGCAACCGACGAUUCUCGAUCAAGACUGUGGUUAUGGUUGCGAAGCAGAUGGUGGGUUGAAACCCGGCUCCUACCCGAUUCGUGCUAAUCCCUGGUCCCAGCUUUCCCGCGUGCAAACGAUCCAUGAGAAGAACCUGAUCUAUCGAGACAUCAAGCCCGACAACUUCCUCAUUGGCCGUCCCGGUACCAAGGCCGCCAAUGUCAUUCAUGUUGUCGAUUUUGGCAUGGCCAAACAGUACCGAGAUCCCAAGACCAAGCAGCACAUUCCGUAUCGGGAGCGAAAGUCGCUGUCUGGUACAGCGCGCUACAUGAGUAUCAACACGCACCUGGGACGGGAACAGUCGCGACGAGAUGACUUGGAGGCUCUGGGCCAUGUCUUCAUGUACUUCCUGAGAGGUGGUCUUCCUUGGCAGGGCCUGAAAGCGGCCACCAACAAGCAGAAGUAUGAGAAGAUUGGCGAGAAGAAGCAGACGACCCCGAUCAAGGAACUGUGUGAAGGAUAUCCUGAGGAGUUCAGCAAGUAUCUGACCUACGUCCGGAAUCUUGGUUUCGAGGACACGCCCGACUACGAUUACUUGCGGGACCUCUUCACCCAAGCGCUGAAGAACGCCGGAGAAGUGGAGGAUGGGGAGUAUGACUGGAUGAAGCUGAACAACGGGAGGGGAUGGGAUUACAAGCCCUACUCGUCUCAGCAGCAGCAGCAGCACCACCAGCAGCAGCAGCAACACCAACCGCACCCCAGCAACCAGGGGCCGAACGCAUCUGGUCGCGAAAUACACGGUACGCCCGCCCGAACGAACCCGAGACCCGGAAUCACUGCCGACCGUUUAAACGCCGCGCAACCCCCGCCCCGUCCCCAGCGAAAGCUGGAGCCGGGAAAACGCGCGAGCGGCCAAACGCCUCAGGCGGGCCGCCAGCAAAACGUCAAAGCGGGACGGCGGGGGGUCAGGAGACAGCGACGCCAGCAGCUUCGACUCAGGCUCAGUUCCAGAGCUCGAACGCCAACCUUCCGGGCCGUCUGGCGAGUCCCAAUAACGGGAACGGGACAGCGACCAGCAACCAGCCCGCUCAGGGCGUGCAAGGAGCCAACGAGCCGCAGCCCACUUUUCUCCAGAAAGCCAUGA